CUUUGAGUGACUAUUUUUUUGAGGUUAGACAAUAGACACUAAGUGAUGUUUAUCUGUUGUGAUUAGUGAUAAGCAUCAGCACCAAUGUUUUUUUUAACCUUUUCAGACAUCUUAUGUUAGUGUUAUAGAGAAACAUUUAUAAAUAACAGAUAAUUUAAUACAGUGUUGGUACCUUUUCUGUGCGUAGUUAUACAAGAACUUACAGCUUCAUUCUAGGUUAUCUCCUUUCAAAUCAAAUGGCUGAAACAAAAUCGUCUACAAAAGAUACCCAAGAAGCUUACACGGAAGAAACAAGUGAAUGUGAAGUUAACAAUGAAAAACCACCUGACAGCAUUGACAACAAACCUAAAAGUGACAAAAUUGAUAUCCUGUUGAAAGCUACUCCAAACACUCCCAUAAUGAAGAAGAAGAAGUGGUCGGUGGACCCUGACAAGAAGAUUGGAAGUGUAAUAGACUUUAUCAGGAAGUACCUUAAACUGGACCCUUCAGAACAUUUGUUUCUAUAUGUGAAUCAAGCAUUUGCUCCUUCACCAGACCAGAUUGUGCACAACCUCUAUGACUGUUUUGGAACUGAUGGAAAACUGGUCCUUUACUAUGGCUUGGGUCAAGCUUGGGGCUAAUCUUACCUUGUAACAGUGAAACUUUCUUUUACUAUUGUAAAGCGUUGUUAUAAAUAAUAACAGUGAUUUAAUCUGUAGACAAAUUUUAAUGUUGACAUAUUUUAAGUCUCUAUAAGCUUGUGUACAUAUUGCUGUAAAUGUUUUGUAAAUAAAUGUAUGUUUUUUACCUUA